AUGGUGAUUGCCGGAGCACCUGAGCCGUCACCAGAGCUCGUUGCCGCCUGGUCGGCUGCGGUCGCCAAGCGUCCGGCGGAGCCCGAAAGGGCGACCAUGGCGACGAAGCCCCCUCUACCGCCGGCUCCGAAACCCGUGACAGCAGUCUCUGAAAAGACUCCUCCCCACGCACCCGCGGAUCCCCUUGCCGAGUCGGAGGCGGGACCGUCCGCUCCUGCUGCUGUUCCAUCUGCUCUGCCUAUGGCACCCGGCCCCCUGGCUCCCCUUGUCGAGCCAUCGGCGUCCGCACCUGCUGUGCUUGUUGCGGAACCCCCGGUACCUGUCCCUGGCGCCCCUGCUGCGCCGACCGCUUCUGUCCCCUGCCUGCCUGCGCAGGCCGCUGCUUCGUCACCAAAGGCGGCGUCCGCCACCACUGGCGGGCCGGCUCCGUCGGUUGCGCCUGCGGCGGCGGGCCAGUCCGUCCCUGCUGUGACGGCGGUGGCACCUGCAGGCCAGCCGUCACGCCCUCCGUCGCCUGACCGUCGCUCGUCACGCCCCCAUUCCCCCGCUCCCCAUCAGGACCGCAGGUCCUCUCGUCGCCGGCGUGAGUCUCCACGGCGGUACCAGCAACAGGCGCACUGGCCUGCUCACCCCGGGGGUCAGGGGGAUUGGAGGGGUCCCCGUGGUUUUGGCGGGGGUGGGGGGUAUCGCCCGCCUGUAACGAUGGCGGAUCUCCAGCGUGAAGUGUCGAGGGCGGUUCGGGAGGAGAGGGCGGCGCAGAGCCAGAGUAGUUCGUUGCGCGCCUUGCCAGCCCACGAGGCUCCACGUCCAGCAGCUCUCCCUCCGAACCUGCAGCCUGUUGCCGCGCCUCCCCCUCAGAUCCAAGCGCCACCUGCUCCCUCUCCCACUGUAUCGGCAUCUGCUCCCGGUUCUCGUCUCCAUCUGCCGCCGCUUCCGCCCGUUGCGGGCGUGGAGUUUGUGGCCGCGGGUGGCGGCUCGUUGGCGGCUCCGUUUGCUCUCCCAGCUGAUGCUGAUGGGCCGCUCCAGUUCCUGGCGGAGGCACUCCAGCCUCCGCAGACCCGUGUUCCCGAGGCAACUCUCGGACAGCUACACCGCCUCGCUGACAGUCUCCAUGCUCUGCUGCUGAUUCAGGUGCUGGCCCAUUCGUCGCUCCCUGUGAUCCCUCCUGAGACCUUCCGUGCUCGCCAACGUGACCCUUGCUUGGACGCGGCGGACCAGCUCGCGGUGCUGCUGGCGCCGGUGUUGGCUGCGCCCGCGGAGGGUGGCGCUGCUGCUGCAGGACAGCUUGACGAAGCUGUCCGGGGCCUGAGGCGGCACUUGCGCGCAGGAUCUGGAGCCGCGGCGAUCGGCGCAAGCACGCUUGCCCUGCGGUGGUGGGAUCUCAUUCCCCCCUUCCGUAUCCGGUCCCCACCCCGAGGACUUGGCGAUGUUGCAGCGGAGGCCAACCGAUCAGAGCUCCCUUGUGAUGGUGACCAAAGCCUCAUAGGCCCGAGAUCUCUUCGGAGGUUUCGGGGGUCUCAGCUACAUAAUCCCCCCCAUCCUCCCCAUUCCCAGUGUCCCUCUCCUCCUGAUUCGUCGGUGGCGCCUCCUGCUCCGGGCGGUCGUGGCGUUCCCGCCACGUUCCUGAUCUCACAAGCACCUCCCUUCCGCCGACGAUUGCGCCCCCGCCCCUUCUUCCCCCUCUUGCCCCGCGUCCUCCGCCUCGGGCCCUACGGAUCGGCGCUCCUUCCCCGGUCCGGCUCUCGUCGUUCCGCCCCCCUCGUCCGGCCUGUGGCGCUCUUCCCGCCGGGAUCCACGAUGGAGGUCGACGCUCUGGCGAUAGUGGCGUCUGCUCUUGCUCACUCCAGCCCCGGAGGGGUCCCGGGGCGCCAGGCCCCAGCCUUGCUCCGGGCCGCCUCGGCGCUGGCUGGGCGCGGAGCUUCGUCCCGCCCUUCCCAUGAGCGGCGCGUCCAGGGGCGCCGGUCCCGUGACCCCGUCUUCCGCUCGCCGCCUGGUCGCGCUCCUGCGUGUCUGCGCCCUCGGCAGCAGCAGAUGUUCCGGCGCUCACAGCAGCCGCCGAUACCUCCCCCUCGAUCGGGGCAUCGGCCAGGUUCCCUGCCGCGGUCGCAGCAGUCAUCGCCGCAGCCAACAACGCCGCCGGUACCAGCGCUGGUGACGCAGAAAACGCCACCGCCUCAUACCGUUCCCGAUCCACCGCCAGGCCCAGUUCCAGCGUCUGCUGUUGUGCCCCCUGGUGCCCUCCUCAUCGGCUGUUCCGUCACCGGCGCCGUUGGAAUGCCCGCAGCUGUUUCUUGGCGGGAGGAACAUCCCAAUCCCGUGGGAGGUGAUGGGGUAUCUGAGGGCGGAGGAGGCUCCAGGUGUGCAGUCACCCCCGCCAUCAAAUCUGCCAUCGUCUCCUCCUCCGCCUGUCGGUCCUGA